ACACGAAGAGGAGGAGGAGGAGGAGGAGGAGAAGGAGGAGGACGAGAAGACCAUCGAGACGUCGCUGGAGUGCGAGCGAAGAGAGACCAUCGAUACGUGUCUGAAGCGUCCCACGUGGCAAUCAUCAAUCCGCAGUAAGGGUCGCGACCGAUGGAGCAAGCGGGGCAGCCAGCUGUGCCUGAGCCGGGAUCGCGGCCUCCUCCUGCUCCUCUCAUCCUGUAUUCGUUCUAUCGGAGCUCGUGCGCUUGGCGGGUGCGUAAUGCUCUCGAGCUGAAGGGGGUGAAGUACGAGUAUCGCGCAGUAAACAUCUUCGAGAAAGAACAGAAAACCGAAGAUUUCGUCCGUCUGAACACGCUUCAACAGGUUCCGGUUCUGGUCGUAAACGAUGGACGUACCAUUGGAGAGUCGGUGGCCAUCUUGGAAUACCUGGAGGAGGUGUAUCCGGAGCCCAGACUGCUGCCUUCUUCACCGUACGAUCGAGCCAUCGUACGGCAACUGGUAGAGAUUAUCAACUCAGGAACGCAGCCGCUGCAGAACCUAAGGGUUUUGCUACGUGUGGGAGAGCUCGGGGGCGACGCUGAGCGUACCAAGUGGGCGCGAGAUGCCAUCGUUCGUGGUUUGGGCGGGUUCGAGGACAUAAUUCGACGGACGGCCGGGAUUUAUUGUUACGGAGAUCAGAUCACGUGGGCAGACGCGGUGCUCGUUCCUCAGGUUUUCAAUGCGCGCUUGUAUGGCGUGAACCUGGACGUCUUUCCAACCAUCCAGAGAGUCGAGGCAGCGCUGCUCGAACACCCCGCUUUCAUGAAAGCCCAUGCAGGCAACCAGCCCGACACCCCGCCAAAAAAUUCGGCCGAUGCUGGGCAAAAGUUAAGUGGGGAAAUACGCUGAGUGAAUAAAACCACAUGCAGGCAGUGAGCCCGACAGCCCGCCGAAAAUUUCGGCGGAUGCUGGGCAAAAGUUAAGUGGUGAAAUAUGCACGCAACCAUCUCCACACACGCAGCCAAAAAAUGCCCACGGUAAAGGAAUGGCCGGGCAAAUUAGCGGGAACUGGCAAAUCGAUUUCAGCGUGGAUAUGGUAUACGCGGGUGACGUGAAAGGGGUGAGAGAGAGAGAGAGAGAGAGAGAGAGAGAGAGAGAGAGAGAGAGAGAGCUGGCGGGGGGAGCAAGGGGGGGUUCAGAAAAACAUAGGGUAUACAUCGGGAAAAGAAAAGUUUGAGGGCCGGUUGACAAGAGUAUAGAGGAAAAAAAGAGGAGGGAAGGGGCCAGGGGGGAGGGAGGGCGCGAUGUGGGGGAGAGGGGGGGUUGGUUAAACACUGUAAGAGAGAGGAGGCUGGGGUAACUAACGUGCGACGUGUGACAGCGGGCUAGCUGGGAAAAAGGUCAGGAGAGAAAUGACCGAAAUAGAGGGGAUGACAGUAGCAGUUAGCAGGAGGAUCAUGAACACCUGGGCUUUCUUGGACGUACCUGGCGUCAAUUGCAGCAAGAUUCGGUGAAUGGGGACUGACGAGGACGGUCACGAUCCGCGCCUUGUUGGCAGAUAUAGGUAGAUUGAGAGGGGAUAUAAUGAACGCUAGGAGUUUUCGGGACGUACCCGGGCGUCAAUCACUGCCAAAUUCAUUGGAAAAUGUCGGUGUUCGAAUAAUAUGAACGGGAACAGAGGGAAGAGCAGGGAGGCGAGAGGGCAGGCCGGUAGAGGAACAGUACACUUGCUUGUGUGUACCUUAUGCUUGUGUAAAUGUCGGUAGUGGUCAUUUGGUUGUCAUUUGACGUGUCUUGUUCUUUGUAAAGAGAGAGAGAGAGAGAGAGAGAGAGAGAGAGAGGAUAAGAAGACAGUUAUAUAGACAGAGGGUAAGGAUUCUGACAGUUGGAUAGACAGAGGAGAGAGAGAGUUGGAUAGAGGACAAGGGAGAGAGACAGAUUGGAGGAGAAACAGUCCCAACCUGCAGGCGUUUGUGCGCUAUACAUAUGCCUGGAUGACUCUAUGGACUGCGGUUUUGUUGGUGGUGGCGCUACGCUAUUCUUGUUGUGUUUUUUCUUCUUCUUCUUGAUUGCUGCUCUUGUUAAUAGGUAUUGUGAGUUGCUGCUGUUGUGUGUACGUGUAUGUGUAUUUUGUGUCUGUGCAUGUGUAUGUGUACCUGUAUGUGUAUAUGAAUGUGCAUGUGUAUGUACUUGUUCAUCUUGAUUGCUGUUGGUUUGUUAGUGAAUACUGUGUGUUGCUGUCGUUGAGUGUAUGUGUAUGUGUGUGUGUAUUUGUAUUUCUAGGAUGUGUAUAUGUACAUGCAUGCCGGGGCAGCCCGUUGUGUGCGACACUGUCCUAUCGUUGUUGAAGAGAGAACUGUGCAAGGAGGUGCAAGCAAUUGUGCUUGGCAUGAUAAUUUGUACACUAACCAGUCAGUGUAAGGUUUUCAAUCUGGACCCAGAGAUGUACUCAUGAGUGGGAGGACGUAGAAAUGAUAUCCGGCCUUUUGAGGUUUAGAAGCCCACCAUGGAUCUCAUUCCGACUACAAUUUCGAACAAAUGGUAUAAAAUUAU